UUUCAGCAAGGACUGGAAAAGCUAAGUCGAUUGGAUUCAAAACGGGAGCAGUGGAUACUAUGAAGGAGAUGUGUUACUGGAAGAUGAUGCUCUCGUUUCGAUGCCAGAGUCGUGCUUCUGUCGUUGAUUUGUUCGUUGGAUUCUUGGAUUCUUGGAUUCUUGGAUUCUUGGAUUGCUAUGCCACAUACUUUGACUACUCCACAAAUUUUAUCCAGAUGGUGUCCAAGAAAUUGGAGUACAAACCAGAUCGCUGGUGCAAGUAUCCAAUGUGUAUUGCUGAUCCGUUCAAGACGGAUCAUAACUUGGAACAAGGAGUUGUGCUGCAAAUGUUCGAAUUCAUUCGAUCUUGUAUGGAACACUCGAUGGAAGUAUUCACGGAUUGCCGCAUUCGUUCGGAUUGUCACUCGAGAUACGAGUUGGACGUUGACGAAAUUGAUGCAAGAGUUUGAGGCGAAACUAACAUGGAAAUGACGUCUCCGCCGCAACACCGACAUCCUUUUCAAGAACGGCGAAGUCAUCCCCACCGAAACAUGAUGUCUUCGAGGAAUGGCUACGAGUUGGGACGGAUCCUAAAUCAGAUUACAAGGUUUCCCGAAAUUCAUCAAUCGAAUGUGGCAACAUCAGACGGAUCGGAGCGAGGCGUGAGACGAACAAAGGAGGAUAUUAAUUUUUUGAUUUUUUAUCUAUUCAUCAAUAAAAUUUCAAUA